AUGGACGGUUCCUCGUUCCCGAGAGGAGGUCGUGCACGCGGAGGUGCAUCAUACGACUCGGGAGGUCGAGCAAGACCGCACUCGCGAAGCAAGCACUGGUCAGCACCGGAUGGAGGGUCGCGAAGCCAUACACCCAACAACUCUGAUAGUGAGCGAUGGGAGAGAGGGGGGCAUCGUGGUGGAGGAAGGGGAAGAGGUGUUACACGAGGCGCACCUAAAUUCCACAAUGUCUCCCUUCGGUUGAAUCAACCAUCCCUGCCACAUUCACCUGCCGUUGUCAAUGAACCCACGGAAUCGAACGCCCAAGACGAAGACGUCGAUAAAAUCAUCGAUGAAGAAGACCAAGAGGUAGAGCAGGGCGGGGAAGUUGACGAGGACGGGGAAGAGGAUGAAGGGUUCCAGGAAAUUCACGAACCUGAACUCGAUUCGCCGGAGGAACGGGAGAAGUUCUACCAAGAGCUCGUCAAAGCUCGCGAAAUCGAACGAAAGAAGGCCAUUGCUGAAGGAAAGAUGGAUGACCCACUUGUACCCAAGCGGUUGGAGGAUGCAAUUUCCAUCGUCGGGACAUGUAUGGAUAUGUGCCCUCGGUUUGAGCGGUACAGACGAGAGCGCGAGAACAACCUCUUCGAAUGGGAAACAAUUCCCGGCACGAAAAGAAUUGACCACAGCCGCGCUGUGAAGAUGUAUGAGCGCGCCGCUGGCGACAAAACCCUGCCUUCCGAUCUACGACCGCCGCGAGUUCUCAAACGAACACUCGAUUACCUCUUCCAUGAUCUUCUGCCACGAGGAGGUUUCUCUGCCACCUUCAAUUUUAUCCGAGAUCGUUCUCGAGCAGUUCGCAACGACUUCACGAUGCAACAUAUCACCGGACCUCUUGCAAUUGAAUGCCACGACCGCUGUGCUCGCUUCCACAUUCUCGCUCUCCACUUUGAGCGAGAUCGACCAGGGUUUUCAAUCCCGCUGGAGGAGCAACAACUCAUGAACACUCUGCAAAGCCUGAAGGAAUUCUAUGAGGAUCAACGUGGCCGAUACGAAUCCCCUACCGAACUCGAAAUGCGCGUCUACCAUAGGCUCAUUCAUAUCCGAGAUCAGAAGGAGCGCCAUGACGAUAUCCCUGAACAUAUACUCUCCCAUCCCGUCUUCAAAUUGGUCACCGAGUUCCGUUUACAUGUUCAAAGUCACAGUGCGCCCAUUACUAAGACUUCAAAACUUGUCGUAGCUGCCGAAGGCAUGCAAAUUUUCGGGCAGCUAGCUGCUGUGCUGAACGAGCAGGGUAGCACCGUAAUGGUUUACCUGGUCGCCUGCAUCCUGGAGCGAUUGUUCGGCAAAGACACCAUCGACGAUAUUGAAGGCAUCAAAGGUGACCUCAGCCUCCCAGAGAUCAUUGACGGAGUGUCGACUUCCUCAGUCCAAGAGGGCGACGAAGCACCAGCCUCCAACGAUUAUGAUGGAGUUGCCGAGGAUCCAAUGGAGGACGGAGACGGAUAUGAUGCGGAAGAGUACGAAGAAGAGGGGGAUGUGGAUGAAUUCCUUGCUGAUCCUGAGCCAGCUGCUCCAAUUCCCCGCAAACCAAGUUCCACUGAGUGGCUUUCCAAUAAUUUCACUCCCUCUGCCUCUUCCGCCGCGCCAACUACAGCUCCCCCUCCCGUCGCUCAAAGUGCAUUUGCAGGCUUGGUCUCGCAGCCAAACGUCUUUGGCGGUACGAGCAAUGUCUUUGGAGGCGGGACUUUUUCGACGACAACUUCUGCACCUGCGCCUUCGCCGUUCGGGAAUACUUCCUCGCAACCUCAAUCUGUGUUUGGCACCUUUGACCUACCUUCGGCAACGCCAUCUUCAUCCACCACAGCUCCUCCUGCUCCUCCACCUUUCAGUGGCUCUGAUAUGUUCACAAAGAAACCAGAUUCAUGGGCGUUCUCUCAAGCUGCAUCUUCAAACCCUUUUGCCGCAAGACACGUUGAUGCACCUCGACCCCUUUCGACACAUGCCGCGCCGCAGUCACAAGGAUCUACGAAUAUUUUCGGUGUGCCAUUCUCCAAUGGCACCACAGACAACUCUUCCGCGGCUCCUCCACCACCAGCACGGAAGUCGUCAUUGAAUGCUAAGGCAGCUCUAUUUACGCCCCCUCAACCAUCAAUUUCCAAUAUCUUCUCUCAGCCCUCUUCAUUUCCUCCUGUCAGUGGUUCAAGUACUACGACAACCAGUCUACCACCUUCAUUACCUGCUUUCACGUCUACUCUACCCACCACAUCGACUGAUCCUACUCUUUUCUCGACCGCCAGUUCGUCGACACAAACAUCGUCGCCUUUCUUUAAACCAUCUCCACCUGGCUCGACUUCAACGACACCUCCACUUAAUCGGCCCGUCGCACCACCUCUCCUGAAGAUCGAUACCAACACUUCCGUCGACUCUGCUUCCACAUUAUCAGCAGUACCUUCUCCUAGAGUACCUCCACCUCUGACAAGGAAGGUCCCUAUCUCUCUACCUUCGACCCCGACAACUAUCACCCAACCCCCGAACCCUCUCCUAGGGCAUCUCAGAAGUGCUCUGGAACCGUCACGUUCAUCGCCUUCUUUCAGCAACCAGGAAAUCCUCAGCCCUCUUGUCUUUGGCACCCCAACAAGCACAGAAGCGAAACCUUUCCACAACUUUACACCACUAUCCACGCCUCAGCACUCGAGGAUAUUUGGGCCAACCUCUCCUUCGCCUAGCAAGAAUGGAAAAGGCAAGGCCCCCGACUGGUCGAUGUACGACGACCUGGAAGAGGUCGAGGAAAUGAAGAAGAAGGCGCUGGUGUUCGCACAGGGCAGCCUAGUUGUGAAGGAAUGCUUUGGGCGGUGGUUGAAGCGCGCUGUCGAUAGAGCUGCCUGGCAUGAAGCUUGUAGGGCGAGCGAUGACUAUCGACACAAGCUCCAGAAAUCCCAGUCACAAGCAUCGACGCGGCAUUCAACGCCUCUUCGAACGUCAAGGAACGGCGGUAUGCUGGAGAAGAGAAGACGAAUAUCAACGAACGGCGCUGUUUCAGCUGAUGGUGAGGUCGAUAUGUCUCCGCAUAGGAAACGUGCAAGGAAACGUAUCAUCGCCGAAUACCAAUCGCCGAGGAGGGAUGAAGAGCUCGCGAAGAGAUUCAAAGAGAACCACGAAGAGCACGAACUUCGGUGGGCGCAAGGCUCCUUCCUGCAGGUCAUCCGCAAACAUAUCAAGACCGUGAACCCGUCCACACUAAAGCUGCCUUGGGACAUCUGGUUAUCCCUCAACCCGGAGAGCGACGCCACGGCGAUAUGGCUGGAGAAGAAGUUCGACAUGCCAAACUCGGGGACAUGGGUCUCGGAAUCGUUCUUUGCGAUUCCGCUCUCGUCUGCACGGGCGCCUGAUCAGAGAGGAUAUCCUGGGGUAGCGGUGUUUGAGUGCACGCCGCUGGGAGAUGUUGGUGAUGAUUUGGAAAAAAAAUACCGUGUAUUGGACGAUUGUUCUCGUUUAAGAGAACUCAUCAAGACUCUCCCUUCUGACCGCCAUUUCAUUCCUUCUCUCAUUAUCAUCUGCUGGGCGGAAGAAGAUCAAGCCUCGCCGGCGUCGGACUUCUUUGAUAUGGCAAAUCGCCUCGUCUCUGAGUCUGUCCUCCAAAGUUGCCAAGCGUUCACCAUGACCUCAGCCACGAAGGACCUAGACAGCAAGCUCAAUGGCGUCCUGAGCUCCAUGAACCUUGACACGGAAGGCAAACUUGUUCAAUCGUUGUCGUCCAACGGCGUAUUCAAGCUUUUCGAGUCCUCUUUCCGGACAUUCGUCACUGAGUGGAUGGAGAACUGUGCGGUCAGCGGUCACAUCAACUGGAACCUCUAUGGUCAAGUCGUACAGGCUUCCAUCUCGAUUUUGAAUACUCUUUCUCAAUCGGUGCAUUCGUUGUUGGAUGUGGGCCCGUUUCAGGACCCAUUACCAACCUUCGAUUACACCCAGCUCGAUGACAGCGAAUCAACAUAUGAUGAUGUAAACGACUGGCUGUCGAGUCUCAGCUCCCGAGACGAUGCGAGGAUGAUCGCCAUGGACAUUCAGUCUCAUCGGAACAUUGGUCAGGAAUUUCCUGUGCGAAUCUUCCUUGACCAUCUGUUCGAAAUCACCCAAAUUCGCUUUGAGCGCCUUCACCCGUCUGCUAUCUCCUCGGAGAGGCCCGUACUUAUCACCAAGGUCAACUCGACGCUGGAGGAAUUCAAGGAGGCAAUGAGGCCACAUCAGAUGAGGUUGUUGCAGGCGUACAACUUUAUUGUUCGUCGGUCACCGAAACGACGAAGCUAUUCGGUCGCAACGAGCGAACAAGGCAGUCCCGAGGCGAAACGCCCUCGUCUCUCGGCAUCUAUGUCCUCGACGACGAAUGAGGAGCGUAGCCCUCCGUCAACGCCGUACAUGAAUGGUGGACUGCAAUCCCCGUCUCCAACUAAUAGCACAGUCUCGCUGGCUCCAACGGAGACUCCGACCGUCACUGUUGCGAUGUUGCGAGCCCUGACAAGAGAUCUAAAGAAGAAAUAUGUUGGGUCAUAG